AAGAGGAGAUCCUCUGUUUGUGUCCUCUUGCUGUGGAUGAGCUUGAGAAUCGCUGCUCUGGACACACAGUAGCCCACUGUAGCCACAGCCUCUUGAUGCUUGAGACCAUCAGUGUGUGUCUGUGUGUAUGUGCGUGUGAAAGAGAGGAGAUGAGAUAAGUGGAGUCUGCCGCAGGAUGGGGAACCAGAUCAGAGCGCCUUUGUCCAGAGAACUGACAUCUUAUUGUUCUGAUGGGACCAAGAGGCAACAGCAUGUACACACACACAAAGUGUUGACUUUGUCUGUUUUUAUGUCUCUUUCAGGCUAAUAUUGGUCAUAUGGACACAGCCAAGGACAUGUGGAAGAUGGUCAUGGGGAACUUAGCCCUUAUCCAGGUCCAGGCCACAGUGGUGGGCUUCCUGGCCUCCAUUGCUGCUGUGAUCUUCGGCUGGAUCCCAGAGGGACACUUCAGGCUGGGUAAUGCGGUCCUGCUCUGUGCAUCCAGCGUGGCCACUGCCUUCAUCGCCUCUCUGCUGCUAGGUAUGACCACACAGGGUGUGAGGGAUAUUGACAGUGUAAACUGCUAUUCCUCAGCCAUGCAAGGGAUUUAUUUGACACCAGUUCUGCCAGUGCUAAAGUUAGCAAGCUCUGAACUUAGGUUAGCUGCUGUUACAACUAAAUGCCUCCUCCGUAAUAUAUCUGACUGA